AUGGCUUCAGUAGAAAAGGCAGAGGAGAUUGUACGCCGACUAACUAGGAAGUAUGGGUACUUGAAUGAAGAAAUGAUGAGCGAUAUCGAAAAGUGGAAGCCGGAAUAUCGUCGCGAGAUUGAUGAAAACUGGCUUGCGAUGGAGAAUACCGCGGCGCAUUCUAUCAAGACUCUGGCCAAGCAAAUUUAUGGCAGUGGCGCUCGUUUUGUGUUUGAACUGCUUCAAAACGCAGAAGAUAACAGCUUUUCCAAGACCACUGACAAACCCUACAUCUCUUUCAACGUCUAUGAAGAUCGUAUUGUUGUGGAAUGUAAUGAAGAUGGCUUUACCGAGCGGGACUUGGUGGCUAUUUGUGCGGUUGGGCAGAGCACCAAAUCCACCUCCUAUGGCUACAUUGGCGCAAAGGGUAUCGGCUUCAAGUCUGUGUUCAUUGCUGCUUGGAAGGUACAUAUCCAAUCUGGGAACUUCUCAUUCGAAUUCAGACAUAAAAGGGAUGAUCCAGGACUGGGCAUGGUCCGACCCGUUUGGACGCCGACUGAUGAGAAGCUAGAGGGGCCUUUAACGCGCAUGACUCUCUAUUUUCAUGAUGAAGGAGACCCAGACGAACUUCAACGCCUCAAGGCAAUCAUAUUGAAACAGUUGGACGACCUGCAACAAACAUCCUUACUAUUUCUAAAAAAGCUUCAGAGAGUAAAAAUUGUAUUCUACGGCAAGCAUGGCAAAAUUGAAACAUCGAAAGAGUUCCGGAAGCGCCAGGUCGAUAAAUACCGAGUGGCUUUGGACACAGACUCUAUCAAAGAUAAUGAGACGAGGAAAGAAAGUCAAAUUUACCAUACCACGACAUUAAAAGCGCACGGACUAGCAAGAAGCGAUAACCGCGACCUCCCUAAUACGGAUGAUACUCAAACUCUCUCGACCUCUGCUGAAGUAGUUCUAGCAUUCCCUCUCACAGCAGAAUUCAAGCCACUUGUUAGUACAAAGAAGAAGCAAGAAAUAUUUGCAUUUCUGCCCGUGAGAGAAUCGGAUUACAAGUUUCUCAUUCAUUCCGAUUUCGACACCAGCGCCAAUCGCCAAGACAUCAUCACCACUUCCACACGAAAUGAGAAUCUCCUUGAUUGGAUAGCAAAGGCAUUCCUUAACGCCAUCAAACAGUUUUGUGAACACUCCUCUUUAUGCUAUGAGUGGCCGCUGUUUCUUCCAAGCACUGAAGGUGCAUCGGAUACGUUUUGGGCCGAAUUAAAUGUUAAAAUCCGAAGACUUGUAAUGACGAAUCCUAUUCUUAGGUCACGUCAUCGACAAGACCUGCGAGUCAUCACUGAUGUGUUUAACCUUGAGAAAGAUGCGACGUAUGGGGAGAGUGAACCUAUAUUUGAUGACCCGGUCAAGGAUCCAUUCAUCUCACCAAAAUAUUCUGGGUUAACAAUGACAGCUUUGUUUACCUAUGGACUUCAGAACUUUUCAGCGAAUAAUUUUUUGGCAUUGCUGGAAACUGAUCUUCGCAGUCCUACUCCGAAAAUGCACGAAACGAAGAUGACUGAAGGCUGGCAUUCCGCCCUGGCAAAUCUUCUUUGUUCGUGGUUUGAUCGAGGUCUUCCUGAGGCUGAUCAAUUAAAGAAAUUACCCAUGAUUCCUCUAAGAAAUGGGAAGUGGACUUCUGCUGUGUCGGGUCGAGUGUAUCUCCCAAUGACAAAAGGCGUAGUUAUUCCUGAAACACUAGAUAUCUGGGUGAUACAGUCUACCGCGACAUCCAGUAUCGCCCGUCAAAGGCUAUAUGGGCUUCUGGGUGUUUCAGAGGCGGAAGUCAAUACAGUCAGGGUAUUGAUACUACAGGAUUUCAGUCGGCUAGUUGAUUUCCGUCUACCGAACCACUUUCAGGCUUGUCUGCAUUAUCUAUAUCUUACACAUCAGCCUAAGAUAUCUACCACAUCGGAGCUUAGAGAGGUUGCGGUUGUGGAUGGCAAGGGAUAUCGUCGUCGGCCACAUGAGGUCGACAUUUACCUUCCCGGAAAAAAUCGCGCUUUCAGUCCAGAGUCUCUUCUUGCACCAAAUGGGCCAGCUCCUGGUUUCUCUGUUCAAUUCAUUCAUAAUAUAUAUAUGGAAAACGCCCCAGAGAAGCCUGUUCCAGACCAUCCAUCUUGGGAGAGGUGGCUCUUGGAAUUUGUAGGCAUACGUGAGCAGCUACGGCUUGUCAGUGACAGUGGAGAAUCUUUGUCGGAAGCUGUAAUGUAUGUUUACCGACACCGCCCAGAGCUGUUCCUUGGGCUUCUUCGGCAUCUCUGGGGGGGCGCGAGUUCAGAAAUCAGAGCAAACCAGAUACUACAGCGAACCAUUAAGGCCCUUCCCGCGAGAGAUCUUUGUGGAGUGAGCUAUGUCAUCUCACUCGCAGAUACGUGGCUCCCAUCUGAGAGCCUUCGCAGCCGCGUAUCACAGUAUAUGGAUCUUUCAGAGAAUUUUCCAUUUCUCAAAAUCGAGAGUACCGGCCCAGCUGACCAAUUCAGCGCCGGAUGGAGCUUUCUCGCUGAGUGUUUCGAUGUCAAAAGAGAGGAAAACAUGGCCUUCUAUAUAGACAUUUUACGCUAUAUUCAGAUUUCGCACCCAAAAGCCGUACUAGUUCGCCAAGGCCAAAAAAUAAUAGAUUUAUACGAUGCCAUCUAUGCGAAAUUGACCUUGGCCAGAAACCAACCUCAGGAUCAACACGCAAUCAAAAAAUUCUUCACAGGAGCGAGAAUAUUUGUCCCUGGUGCUAAGAACUCCAUAUGGACAUCUUCUUCCGAUUGCUUGUGGCUCGCACCACCGGACAUGCUGUCCAAGCAUUCUCUCAGAAGCAUUUACUCGAGGAAUGCCGUUGGUGGCGACCAGUUACACAAUAUAGAACGCCUCUUUCACAAGAUUGUUGAGAUACCUUCUGCCUCUUGGUCCGACAUCGUCAAGGAGUUAGAAACGUUGAAGGCCACAUUCUGUAAUGAGUUCGAACGGAUCGAACAGUUGUACAUGUACCUCAAAAAGUUGAAACCUCCUCAAAUACAGUUGAGAGACGUCUUUGCAAAGAAACCACUUAUAUAUGCGAGAAGUCGGGGCAAAUGGAGAUGGUGCAAGACUUCUGAUUGCCUGUGGUCUAGUCCAGUUGAGAUUCGUAUCAGCAACGCCACUUCCGAUAUCGACACAGGCUUUGGUAGCCUUGGUGCGACUGCUACUUUGGGUCCAGGCACUGCCGUCGCCUCCUUUCAAGCAUAUACAGCAGAUGAACCUUUUAGCUUGGACGAUCUUCCCAGAGCCUACCAGAAUAUCUCGUUCCAAGAUCCUUACAAGAAAUGGUCUGCUGAUGAGCUGAGAUUAGCAGAUUACGUUCAAGGUAGACGACCACCUGGUAAGUACAGGGGUGCUGGCGCAUUUGGCAUGGACUCAGGUUCUUCUGAGGGUGGGUUAGGCACUGCCGAUCGAACAAACACUACAAGUGGUGCAUUAUUUAAAGUCACAUUGGAUUCGGAUUACGAAACUCUCAAAGACUUCUUCGUUGGAAUGCUAGGCGUUACAUCACUUACCGUUCAAAUGCUAUAUGAUGAAUUGAAGCAGCCAUCCCAGAAGCGCGACAUCAAUGACUUGAAAAAUGCCAUCUUAUCCUUGAGCAGCCAACUGCAAACAAGCCCGAUACCCUUGGAUCCGCAACCAAUUUUGCAUAACAACGUUUUUCCUUUAAGACAUUGCAAUGGAGAAAUCUCAAUCCAAUCAGCGAAGGUGGAUUUUGCUAUCCCGGAUACAGAUCAUCUAAAUUCUAUGUUCAAAGAGAAGAUCACGAUGCUAGAUUUUGACUUGGAAAGCAUUCAUCGUCUGAAACCAUUUUUUGAAUGGACUAAGCUUCAAGGAAGAUAUCUCUCUGCCUGUGUCACAGAAGAUACCUCUGUCUCCGAGACAGGACGACCAAUUUCGACGAAAAGUAGAGAUUUGAGGCGCAAAGCUUAUCCUAUUCUUCGUAUUGCGGCAACCUUCAGCAGCCCCCGUUAUCGAGCAGAUCCGCCCAGAUUUUACCAACUUUUACGGGCAAUGCAGACCAUGGAAGUAGCUCACAUAUCUUCUACCCGCGCUGUAUCUCAAGAUAAUAAGAAAAUCUGCGUUGAGAACGUUAUCGGAGAUGAGCAUAUUGAGUACACCUCAUCAGGGCUCACCAUUUAUGUGCCUCGAAAGAGAAAACCCCAGGCGGUCUGCUUCAGCUCGGUACUACCGAGAAAAUUUGCAGAGUGGAUAAUGCGAGAUCCUACGACGCAAAUACUAGACACAGUUGAGAGCGGAAUGGUUAAUACUCUGGCUGCUAUCUUAGCAUGUGAUGUCUGUGAUCGCUCUGUUCUUGGCGAAAUUUGCAACCGUAAUGGAAUCGUUCCAGUUGAAGUUCCAAACGAGGACAUUGAGGAUGAUUAUGAGGAAGACGAUAGUGAUUUGGAAGAGAAAAAAGAUCAAAGUCAAGAACAACUACAUGGGAAAGAGCAGAAGCAGAGGCCGGAGUCGUCAAUACGGCUGAACAACCUCACUCCAAGCGAAGGGACGCCAUUAGAUCAACAGUCCACCCCGAGUCGUCCGUCCACAGAUACGGAUUCUGCUCAAACCUCAGAAACACCAUAUUCAGGAAUCCAAGGAAGAGACUCAGAGACAAUAGUUGAGACUGUCAAUCGGCAAAGUCGUCUUUCAAGUCACUCGCCGCGGGUUGGUCAAGGGCAAGAAGAUAUACCUGCUUAUCGGCGUCGUCCAAUUAUUUACUCGGGCCAUUCGAGCACUCCUGAUUCACCUUUGGCUUCAAUAGAGAGUCGCGAGGACUUGGCAUCUUCGGGGCCGUCCGACGAUACGCAAUAUGGUAUGCUUUUGGAUAGGGCGGUUGCCGCAGCUCAGAGUGCAUCAUUUCCCGCUCAAGGCUCUUUUGAUAUGAGUGAAUUGCGCAAUAAUUUGCCUGUAUCGCACAGAGAUGACACAUAUGAAAGUUUUGAUGGAUUGGAUAUCGUCACUCGUUUUCGACCAGCGAAUCAGCUGGAGCGCGACAAGAAAGUUGGGGCCGCGGGCGAGCUGUUCGUGUUUGAGUUGUUAUCGACCCUUGAAUUGCCCCGUUGGAGCAUUGAGAACUGGCAAAGCACAAUCAGAGGUUACGUUCGGGCGCAUCCCAACUAUCGCAGCUUAGCGAGUUGGCGUGGUAGAGAAACCGCGGACCUGGUUUACGAUGAUAUCGAGGGCCAGUUCACCAAUACUCUUAUCGGCUGCGGUUAUCUCAAUCAUGAUGAAUGGCAUACUGCUCGGCCAAAGUACUAUAUAGAGGUGAAAACUACUACAGGGCCACGCGAAACUCCGUUUUACAUGAGCAACAGCCAAUACGAGCGUAUGAGGCGCACACACGCGACACCAAAUCGUUCAGAGAUAUAUAUGGUCCUACGUGUAUUUUGGCUGAACAGCGAAAACAUUGGCAUGUGUGUUUACUUUGACCCUGAGCAACUGAGGCAAGACGGGCGGUUGUUCUUCACAGCGCAAACAUGGUCUGUCACGCCUACUGCAGAAUCUGAGGAUUAA